GAAAAAAGUUCUACGUUCUUGGUACAAUAAAGAGCUUAUUUAUAGAAAAUUGAUUUAUAACUUUAUCUUCAGGCAGUAUUUAAUAUUAACUUACUUGUGUGUAUACACAAUAGACGUAUGUCUAUUUGUGAUUUGAACAAACUAUGUGACGCGAUAAUAUCCAACAAUUUUGGACUGUGACCAAAAUUAUCCUUAAAAAAAUAUCUCAAAAGGAUGUGCGCUUUAGUACAGUAAUCGAUAAAAAUAAACAAAAUUCAAAAUGUCAAAUCGAAGAGACCGAUCUCGCUCACCAAUGAGAGUAGAGAGUGUGGGUAAGAGAAGAGAUAAUAAGCAGCUUGAAAAUAUGAAGCCAACAGACAUGAACACAAUGUUAAAUCCUUUGAUGAUGCAGAACAUGUAUUCACAAGGCAAUAUGAUGAUGGCUGGGGGUAUGUAUCCAAACAUGCUCAUGCCCAGCAUGAUGAGUGGAGGAAUGAUGCCUUCAGCUGGAAUGGAAAUGAUGUCAAGUGCUGGAAUAGAAAUGAUGCCACAAGCCUCUAUAGAUAUUUCAUCAAUGGGAGGUGCUAUGGGUGCACAGUCUAUGGCUCCAACUGCCGCAUCUAUGGACAUGUCAAUGAUGAGUGGUAUGGUCAUGGAUCCAUCUAUGAUGCAAAUGUAUUCAGGUAUCAGCAAUGACAUGACCAGUGCCCAAGAGAAAAAGGAGAUAUUACUGAAACAUUGUAAGUUGAUUCCUCCAGCAAUGGGAACACCUCAACCACCUCGAAGAGCUCGUCCUCCAGGCUGUAGGACAAUUUUUGUAGGAGGCCUACCUGAAAAGAUAAGAGAAAGUACUGUAAGGGAUAUAUUUGAACCCUAUGGAAGAAUACACACUUUACGUUUGUCCAAAAAAGACUUCUGUCACAUAAGAUUUGAUAGAGAAAAUUCAGUUGAUGCUGCCAUGCAGUUAUCUGGAUAUCGUAUUAAACUUAUUAACAAGGAUAAAGACAAAGAUGGCGAGGAUGAUGAAGAUUCAAAAGCAACAUCAGGUUGGCUUCAUGUGGACUAUGCCUUGAGCAGAGAUGAUCAAAAUGAAUAUGAGAGGAAGCAGCGUCAAGCAUUGCGUGUCCAACAAGCGCAGAUGCAGCAACUAUCUGCACAACAGGAGCUAGUACGCAGCAAUACAAGUUCUUCAUACCGAAGAUCACCAUCUCCUAUGAGAAUUCAACCAUUUUCAAAUGCCGCUAUACUACAACUUGUUGAGAAAAUUAAGAGUGAAGAACAAUUUGCAAACACACUGCCAACUUUAAUUGCAUGGUUGGAGAGGGGUGAAUGCUCUAAGAAGAAUUCUAACCAAUUUUAUUCUAUGAUACAAGCAACAAAUUCACACAUACGGAGAUUAUUCAGUGAAAAAAUGCAAGCUGAAGAGGAACUGCAUGAAUGCAAGGAGCGAGUCAAAAAGAAUAUUGAAAAAGUUUUUGAACAACUCGAGCAGGUGGCGAAAGUGUUUACAGCAGCCGCCCAUCAACGCGUUUGGGAUCACUUCACUAAACCUCAAAGGAAGAACAUAGAGACUUGGCAGAAAAUGACACAGGACUUCAAUACAUUGAAGGAAGAAUUUAAUGAGAAGUUUUUCAGUGAUGAAAAUGAAUACAACGGUUACAAUAAUAAACCUUUAGAAAUUGGCAACACUGUCAAUAAUGAUGAUUAUAUGCAACUUAAGAUUGAGAAUGAUAGUCUGAAAUUUCAAUUAGAGGCAUACAAAAAUGAAGUGGAAGUAAUCAAGGCUGACGCUAAAAAGGAAAUGGAGAAAUUCAAAGCGCAAUUCAUUGCAAGACAAGCUUUGCAAGGAGCAAUGGACACAAAAAAUCCUCCAUUGCCGUCACCAGUAGCGAAGCCCCCUCCUCCCCCGCCUCUACCUGAAGAUUUGGACUCGAAGGUCCACUUGAAGGAGGCUGUGGAAGCUGGCUGUGGUGAAGCGAAACUUAUAGGCGUCAUGUCCGCGUUUUUACAGGUUCAUCCCCAUGGCGCCAGUCUCGACUAUGUGGUGUCGUAUGUACGUGCUUUAUUUCCUCACGCGUCACAAGCGACUAUACAUCACGUGCUCCAAAAGCAUCCUGACGUUUUCCAACGCACCACAUCCGGAGUAGGUGCCAAUAUAGAACAUAAGUGGUCCUUUGUGGGCUUUAAUGAGGAAGAUAAUGAAAAAGUAUAAUAUACUGAAAAGAUACAUAUCGAAGAUGUAAAAUAUACUAACCAACAUGACAGUAAUGUUAUUGAUGAAAUUUAUCAAUACUAAUGUACACUUGUGGUGAGCAUUUAUAAAGAAUAAUAUGAGUCUGUGAAUAAGAGUUGGAAGUAUGGUAAAGUAACAGAUUGUGGUAUAAAUGUUAAUGAAUAGAAUGUCAAUUUUUGAUACUCUUAAUAAUCCUUACGGAGGUAAGGUUGAUGUCUUCACCAUACAAUUUAAAUAAUCAUUAUAAAGAAAAAAUUAAGGCUGUGGGAAUUGGCCACUAUGGACUUUAAUGGAAAUGGCCAACAUUCAACAACGAGGGAAGAUUUAGGAAUCAUAAAUUGGCAAAAAUAAUACUUUAGUAUUAUUAUUAGCUGAAUUGUGACAUAGGGAACAGUAUUUUUUGAUGUGGGACCUACUGGUAGUAUAAGUUCAUAAUUAUCUGUGAGAACAAAUCGUGUUGCAACUUAUCAAAUAACAUUUUAAGUUCUUUUUUAUCAACAUGGAUGUAUGUGGU